CGGCCGCUCUCACACAUGCAGGCGUGGGAGAUCGCCCAUACGCAGAAGGACCCCAAGCCUGGCGAGCCCAAGUACUAUGGCAAGAAGACCGCAGAGAGGAAGAAGGCCUACUCCGAAGCGUAUCUGGAGUUACAUCCUGACACACCUGACGCCAUUGCGGCGCCUCUGGACGACAUGGCGGUGGUGAGGAUGGGGCUCAAGGAGCACGGCCGGGAGGCGGUUCUCGAUGCUGUGAUCACUCCUAGUAUCUCCUACACACAGCUUCGUCGGAUCGACCCGAGCCUGAGCCAGCGCACGAGCCAGCCAGUGAUUAUUUUAUGA